UACUCUGGCGCCAACUACUUGGAAUAUUCACGAACUAUAUUUUAUUUUCUUUGGCGCCAGUUUAUCCGUUAACGUCAAAUACAUCACAUCAACGAGUGAAAUAUUUUAAAAAUAUAUAAUAAAUUGGAAUUUCAACACUUGAAUUAUAUCAGUUAAGUAUCUCACAAAACAGACAAUUACUUAUAUUAAAUAAUAUAAUGCCUUUUCGAAAUUCUAAUUCGAUUAAAUGUAAUAUAUUAAAAUAAAAUAUAUUAAUGGAUGUACAUUAAUGGUUAAGACAUAUAUCAUAGACAAGUUCCAAACUUUACAAUGAACAAUAUUUCAUCUCAUGAUUUUAUUCUUAAUUGUUGUAUCGAAACUAUUAUAAUGCAUUGAUUAUAAGAAAAACUUGUACAAGAUUGCAUUAAGUUACGUUGGUGGGAAGAAACAAACAGUGGAAGACCGACGUGAUAGUUGAGCAUUUUUUCUGUGCUAAAAUGGCUUCUUCGUCGUUGAAAAGCACUCGAAAAACUUAUAGCUUCGAGGAACGAGAAAUUUUGAUAACCUUGAUAAAUAAGUACGAAGAUAUCGAAGAUAAAAGGUCCGAUCCAAUAUCGAUGUAUAAACGAAAAUCAGCAUGGUCUCAAUUGGCCAACGAAUACAAUUCAAUGGUAGGUCCACAAGGAAUACGUUCAGCUGUACAGUUAAGACGCUGUUGGGAAAACAUGAAAGCAUGUAAACGAAAUCGCGAAGAGAAGAAAUUGCGCGGUGUUUCAAAAAAUUUUUGUCAUCUGUCCAAAGAUCACACACGGUCAAAAAGUUGGGAAAAUAGAAAUUCCAUACCAGAUGUUCCUAUUCCUACCGGAACUAUAGGUUUACCGCCAAAUGUUAUGUUUGAACCAAAGGAAUCUGAACCAUUUACGUUGCAAACUGUGUGUACUAUAAAACCUUCGAAACAAAUCUCGAAAGAGGAAAAUAAUUGUAAAGAUACAGAUUCCAUCAGCAGUAAAAUCGAUUCGAAUUCGUUAUCAUACGGUCCAGUAACUGACUGUUUCGACAAAUCUAAAAAAGAUUUGGAGUCACCUGUGCCGGAACAAUUAGACAAAGAUGAAACAGUGGAGAAAAAUCGACUUAUUUUCAAAUCAAAUGCAACACAAACGAUGUUUUCCCCUUCAAUUGUUCAUGAACAACCCCGAAGGACGAAAAGAUCCCUUCAUAAAGAGGAAGAAUUACAUGUAUUGGCUUUAUCAGAGGCACAGAUGAAAGUUGAUAUCGCUGCUAUGUUAAAAGAGGAGGCCAGGAUUAAAUUAGAAGAGGCUCACUAUCGUAAAGAAGAGGCUAGGCUAAGGAUGCUUCUUUUUACUUAUAAGUUAGAUAGGAUAAAGGAAGAUUGACCGAAGAGAAUAAAAUGAAUAUAUUCAUGAUGGCUUCGUGCGAUGUCUUUAUUCAUUUUAUUAUAGGAAUAAAAAACAGGAGAUUAUCUUAGACUAAAUAUAACUGAACGAUAUUCUAUUUAUGUAUAUCUGUUUAUUAUUUGGAAUUUCUUUCUAACUACAAUUGAAAUCAUAAUAAAUAAAAGCCCGUAAUGCUAGUUAUUUAUGAUUCCAUAAUAGGUAAUGUUUUUUAAAUACGAACGAGGAUUUUCUUUUUAAUCUUUGUUUUGAUGGUUUUAUAGGUUAUUUCAUAUAAAAGCUAUAAAUAGUCUCAUUUUAUCAUGCUAAUUUAAAAACUGAAUAUAUAAGUUGAAAAUAUCGUAUUG